GCGUUCUGGUUUGAUGGGUCUUCUUGUUGGGUUAAUCGUAGGAUUUACAAUAAAUGAGUUUCUACGUAUGGACCAACGAAAUUUAUCAAAGAAAGAUUCUAAAACUAACGAACAUGAAAAUCACC